CAUUUUUUCCGAGUCCCUCCCUGUAACAAUUGAAUUACCUGUUGAUGCCGACAGGUAUUCCUAUAUAUUUGUUCUGAAUGACAUUUAAAGUGUUACUAAACCCAGGACCCUGCAUUCACUAUAUCUGGUCUCCCCGGACCCUGCAUUCACUAUAUCUGGUCUCCCCGGACCCUGCAUUCAUUCUAUAUCUGGUCUCCCCGGACCCUGCAUUCACUAUAUCUGGUCUCCCCGGACCCUGCAUUCACUAUAUCCGGUCUCCCCGGACCCUGCAUUCACUAUAUACCCUGCGGUCUCCCCGGACCCUGCAUUCACUAUACUAUAUCCGCUCUGGUCUCUCCCGGACCCUGCAUUCACUAUAUCUGGUCUCUCCGGACCCUGCAUUCACUAUAUCCGGUCUCCCCGGACCCUGCAUU